AUGCGCUUUGCCUGCGACUGGCCCGGCCGCGUGGGCGUCCCGAGGCCUAGAGAACGCCAAACGCCCAAGACGCGAGUGACGAGCUGCAUCUCGACCAACAGGCGAUCAUUGAGGCCUGCGAGUGGCAACAAGUUAGCCGAGGGAGACCAAUGGGGCGCGUGCGGCUCUUCAUCUAGCCUCGACGUCUCUGGCCGGGCUGGCUACCUGGUUUCACAAGCUAUACGUUGCUUUCAAUUGCUCCAACCAUCUAUUGGCCCGUGUAACAUCCCAUGUACCAACUCUGUCUUGCUAUCCAGGCACGAUCGCGUCCUGCUGGGGUAUUUCCCGUCGUCCAAUGUCUACUAUCUCCACGCGGGCAGGGAGUGGAGCCCCCUUAAAUAUGUAUACGAGGUAACCGCCUCCUCGAGUGCCAUGGUCAUGCAUAUGAUGAUGGCACUCUCGGCGUCCGAGAUGCGUCGCGCAGGUAUUGGUGGUAUCGAUGCGUCUUCUUGCAUGGCUCUCGAACUGUCCCAUUACACGGCUGCGUUGAGAGGGAUUCGGGGGUGCUUGGUUGCUAGCCGAACACAACAAGACGCCAGCAUUGACGCUACAAUCGCUAUCCUGUUUUUCAUGGUCAACUAUGGCGGGUCAUCGACUUCGUCGUUAGCUCAUGCCAGGGUCCACCUGAAUGGGCUUAACUCUUUCUUUCAGUCCUACAUUGCAGCCUCGAAUCAGGGUAGGGUCAUGGGAAGAGAGGGUCCGACUUUAGUCCUGCUGCGGGAACGGGGAUUGCCGCCGUUGUCUUCUCAUCUUGUUCUCUGGCUACUGUACUUGGACAUUGAAGGCGCUUUCAACGGGACAUUUAGCAGCCUGAUCAAUAUGUUUACCGAGUUCGGCCAAAGGAACUUCUGCCUGAAGAUGCUCUAUCGGGACGCUAGAUAUGGAUUCCCCAAGAUGUGGGGUGAGAAGUACCCGGCCGAUCACCGCGUGGACGACGUUGAGGCUGUUAGGCCUCUCGAGCUCGCUCACCGUCUUCAAUUAGUUCGUAGCCGGGUCUACCAGAGCAGGACAGACCUGCCGCUUUCUGGUGGAACACAAAAGUACGCACAUCUCAUGGCCGACUUGCGUCGCCUUCGCCAGAAUUGGCUGACCAGGAAUGCCGUUCUCCAGGAAUAUGACGAUGUAUUCUCGUCAGUCAAAGAAGGGCAUGGUAGCCAAUACACAUCUCCCAGCGUCAAGCAAAUGGUUGCCAAGCUUCUUGCGCACUAUUGGGCUUGCGUUCUGUUCUGUCGUCGCUGGCACUGUCCAUCCCGCCCUGCCGAAGACAUCCAUACCCGGGCCGCGCAGUGUAUUGUCGACAUUGUUCGCGACCAGCAUGCACAGGAGAAGCGUCGCAUGCUUCGAUACGUGUGGCCGAUGUUCAUGGCCACGAUCGAAACCAAACAACCGACGCACCAGGAGUGGAUGCUGGACCGGCUGCGAGAGAUGCACCACGCAUCUGCCGAAUGUGAAUGGAGCUGGAACACUGCUAAGAAGUUGACGGACCUGCGGGCAACACUGGGUGUGCCAGAGCCCGAUCUGACCAAGUUUGCGCCUUUCAUCGAGGGGAGGUGA